CCAUAUUGCAGUGAUACAGCGAGUUUAUCUGACUGAAGCUUCACCACCGUCAGCUCUCUGAAACAAAGAUGCUCUCUGCUCAGGGUUUUGGAGACCCGGGGAAGAUGAAAGAUUAUCAUUACACUGGUCCAGUAGAGCACAAGUUCUCUCCAUACGCUUUCAACGGAGGAACUGUACUAGCUGUUGCCGGGGAAGAUUUUGCCAUCGUAGCCUCAGACACCAGACUGAGUGAAGGCUACUCGAUCCACAGCCGGGACUCUCCGAAAUGCUACAAACUGACAGACACGACUGUCAUAGGGUGCAGCGGUUUCCAUGGCGAUUGCCUGACUCUGACUAAAAUCAUUGAUGCCAGACUAAAGAUGUACAAACACUCGAACAACAAGACGAUGACCAGCGGUGCUAUUGCAGCCAUGUUGUCAACCAUUCUGUACGGCCGGAGGUUCUUCCCCUACUAUGUCUACAACAUCAUUGGAGGACUGGAUGAGGAAGGCAAGGGAGCCGUGUACAGCUUUGACCCAGUGGGCUCCUACCAGAGAGACACCUACAAGGCUGGAGGAUCAGCCAGUGCCAUGCUACAGCCUCUACUAGACAACCAGAUUGGUUUCAAGAACAUGGAGGGUGUGGAGCAGGUCCCUCUGACUCAGGACAAGGCGGUUCAGCUGGUCAAAGACGUCUUCAUCUCAGCCGCAGAGAGAGAUGUCUACACCGGAGAUGCCCUUCGGGUCUGCAUCAUCACUAAGGAGGGCAUUAAUGAGCAGACAAUACCUCUGAGGAAGGACUAAGCAGGAAAGCUGAUGGUUUCCUCUUUGGUCUGCUUGUUCCACUUUCAGCCGGCUGGUUUGGCCCCAGUACAUCAGGUUUCUUACAACUGGAGUGUUGAUCUAGAGGUUUAACUGUGGAGCACAUUUUUUUCCAUUAAAAAAAAAUCCACACACAAUCUACAUCCAUUCACAAGUGAUACUUUUCUCGUGCUUCCCAGUUAUUCCCUGCACAGUUUUCCUGUUACCACAUACUUGCUUAUGUGGUCUAUCAGCUUGAUCCUAGAUCAACACUCCUGUUAUAAAAAACAAAUUCUUCACUCGACCUUGCCUAGACUCUGCUUCUGUUUGGAUUUUUUGUUGUUUCAGAAGAUACAUCCUCUGCUAUUCUUUUUACAUUCUUAAUAAAUGUAAAGAAUUGUAAA